AUAAUCAUUCACUGUCACGAUUCGCGUUUUGUCGCGGUAACUCGAAACAAACUAUCAAGCAGUGUAAUCUAUUCUGAAUAUGUUCGUGUUUAGUCGAUUUUAUUUUUAUUAAAUUUACUACUUCCGUUGCUUCGCAUCCGUGGCGCAGUAAAGCGACACCUACGGAAGUGACCAAAGAUGGGAAAAAUAUUGACAUGACGCAAUGUCCGAGCGACCCGAGCCGCCACCGAGCACCGAGCGAUUCAUUGUGAAGUGGAGAAUGACUUGACUUGUUAUUGAAUAAAUAUGGCUCGAAUUCACUUUGACCGUACCCCGUCUUAUCCACUCUAGUCACUUUAAUACUGUUGUUUAUAUUGUACACUAGUAAACGGCCAUGAAGUUGCUCCAUAAAGACAUUGAGAAAGAUAAUGCCGGUCAGGUGACUCUGAUGCCGGAGGAGGCGGAGGACAUGUGGCACACCUACAACCUGCUGCAAGUGGGCGACAGUUUAAGAGCCUCUACUAUCAGGAAGGUGCAGACAGAGUCCUCCACUGGAAGUGUGGGCAGCUCCAGGGUUCGCACUACUCUUACUUUAUGUGUGGAGACUAUUGACUUUGACUCCCAAGCCUGUCAGCUGAGGGUUAAGGGCACCAACAUCGAGGAAAACCAGUAUGUCAAGAUGGGAGCCUAUCACACCAUCGAGCUCGAGCUCAACAGGAAGUUCACUCUGGCUAAGAAGACCUGGGACAGUGUUGUGCUGGACAGGAUUGAGCAGGCGUGUGACGCCACCCAGAAGGCAGACGUAGCGGCUGUGGUGAUGCAGGAGGGCCUGGCCAACCUGGUGCUGGUGACUCCUGCCAUGACCAUGCUGCGUGCAAAGGUGGAGGUCACCAUUCCUCGUAAGAGGCGGGGCAGCUGCACUCAGCAUGAGAAGGCGCUGGAGCGGUUCUAUGAGGCAGUGAUGCAGGGGAUUCUCCGCCACAUCAAUUUUGAUGUGGUGAAGUGUAUCCUGAUCGCCAGUCCAGGGUUUGUAAAGGACCAGUUUAUCACCUACCUGUUCAAGGAGGCAGUUCGACAGGAUAACAAGAUCCUACUUGAGAACAGACCCAAAUUCAUGCUGGUCCACUCGUCAUCAGGUCACAAAUACUCCCUCAAAGAAAUCCUCUCUGAUCCCACAGUCACAAGUAGGCUCUCUGACACCAAGGCAGCAGGAGAGGUGAAAGCCUUGGAGGACUUCUACAAGAUGCUGCAGCACGAGCCCGACAGAGCCUUCUACGGACUGGCUCAUGUGGAGAGGGCGGCCGAGGCCCUUGCGAUUGACACCCUGUUGAUAAGUGAUAAGCUGUUCAGACACCAGGAUGUGCCCACCAGGAGUCGGUAUGUGCGUUUGGUGGACAACGUGAGGGACAAUGGCGGCAAUGUCAGAAUAUUCUCAAGCCUUCAUGUGUCCGGUGAACAGCUGACUCAGCUGAGUGGAGUGGCAGCCAUCUUGCGGUUCCCCAUCGCUGACCUAUCAGAGCCUGAGGACGACAGCAGCUCAGACUCAGACUAAUCCCUGGAAGUGGACCAGAGUCUCAUUGGCAGAAAAGAGAGGAACACUGUCCAGUGUUGCAGAUAGCAAUAGAAUAGACGCAAUCUGUUGUAAAACACAAAAAUACUGUGUUGAGACUGAUAUAUUCCACCUCUGCAACAUCCUAACCUCUCUCAAAGCUAAUUAAUUCACACUCAGUUCAUAAUUCUCUGUCAUCAGUUUCACAUAAUUUGAUGCAUCUCUGCUUUUGGGGUGUGUGUGUUGAAGGUUGCCUAUCUUUUAAAGGUGCAGUUCAUUCUAAUGCCUACAAAAACUCCAGUUCACAAGAAUGCCAAUGAAAACGAAUGUAAUGUUUGUUGCCAAGCCUACAUGCAAACACAUUAAACUGCGAAUGACAUGCAAAUAAUUCUGACUGACCAAUGUGGAAAAAACUUUGAUUCUUGGAUUUUCAUUUCUACUGUAUCUCUUUCUUGCAAUUAAAAAGUGAAAGCACA